UUGAUAUAUAAAUAUUUAAUUUUAUGAAAAAGUGAGUGAAUAACAGAACAGUUAUGGGUAAAAUUUGUGUUGUGAAAAGUUGUCCAAGUGGACGUAAUCCCCAAAACAAAAAAAAUAGUUCACCUCAGCCUCUUUCGUAUUUCCAACCAACAACACCGGCAAGAUUACAAAAUUGGAAAAUUUCGCUGGGUAUUGAAUUAAAAGCUACUGAUUACAUCUGUCAUCUCCAUUUUAAAGAGGAGCAAAUAAAAAUGUACGAGCAACUGUACAUAAAAGAAGAGCUCGUAAUUAUGCCUUUAGGAAAAAAAAUACUAAAAGAAGAAGCUUUACCAACAAUCCAGCAUCAGUUUAUUCCGGUAUUUGAACAUGAGUUUUUAACAAGUACUGUAGAUGAACUGAAAAUACCAAGCUUACAUUCGAAUAACAAUGGAGACGAAGAGCUAUUUCUAGUGCAAGAAAAUAACAUCGAGCCCCAGACAAUAUUAGUAAAUGAUGUUCCUGAUAAUCUAAUAGAUGAUGGUGUUCAAAGGGAGCAAGACUUGAUAGAACCACCUUUCAGUCAACACGCCUGUAAGGAUUCGAAGAAUCUACAAGAAAUCGAAGCUCCAAAAUUGCCACCGUUUUGGUUGUAUAUACCCGAGCCCAAUGGAUUUGUAUUUAUGCGAAUGGAUCCAACAACUCAGCAGAUCAAAAUUCGGUUACGCUUAAACAAGGAUACAUCUAUUACUGUUCUUUUUCCUAACAAUGACGAACUGCCUCUAAACGAAAAAAUUAAUUCAUUAAGUUGUAUCUAUGACUACUUGAAAUCAGUGGAAAGAUGGCCUUUAUGUGUUGGUACUCAGAUUCACAGUAUAAAGUAAGGAUUGCUUGUUUCUGCUUAAGUGAUUCAUACAAGAAAAGGAUUCAUACAAAUUGCUAGCGAUGCGGUCCAAUCGUACAUAGCUGGUUAUAUAGUUCGAAAAUUAAGAAAAACCAUAAAAUGUCAAAUUUGUUUAGAAGCUAUAGAGACGCAUGCUGAAGUUGGUAAACAAUUACAGCGGAAUGAUGUUAUCAAUAAAAUGGACUUAUAUGGUGGACUGCGGUUUGCAAGUAAUCAAUUAUUUGAUAUGACAAAGCAAUUGGAAACGUGUGUUAAGAGCUGUCAGUAA